GGGGCUCAUCUUUCUCCUUUAACGGAGUUCAUAGCGCCGUGCAAGUGCAAGGGAACUUCCAAGUACGUCCACCGCGAAUGCUUGGACCAGUGGCGGGCUGUCAAAGACAAAGAAAGGAGCCAAGACAGAACCUACCUUUGCAAGCCAAGAAGGAUGAAUCAAAUUCUAACAUAUCUCUCGACGAAGACGAAAAAGCAUACAUGGUAAGAAAAUUUUCAAAAUUCUUCAAGUCUAACAAUUUUAACAAGUCACAGGCUAAGAAACCUCUUCGAGGGGAGAAUAAGAUGCUACAACUGCAAUGAAGGACACGUACAAGAUGGCUGUCUUAAACUGAAGGAAAAAGACAAAGACAAAAGGCCAACACGAAUGAAGCACGAGAAUCUGAAGGCGACGUGGGACAAAUCGUUGUCAUCCGAAUCAGAGGUCGAAUCAUACGCUGGACUUGCAUUAAUGGUGAGUCACCAAAUGGAGAAUAUUGAUAAAGGGGGAGCUACUUCAAAGGAAAGCAGUGAUGAAUGGGGAGAGUCAAAUUUUGAGAUCGACAUGGUAAGUGAGGAAGGUUUUGCAUUUGCCCAUUGCACAACCUGCAAGGCUCCUUACCAUUUGAGGGUGUGUGAUCAUGCCAACAGGAGAUGGAGAAUCUUCAAGUUUCAGUUCUUUGUUACUAGGGAUGUAGUUCUAAUUUUUGCAGUUGUUCAACUUAUAAUAUCUUCGUUGGCAUAUCUUGUCUAUUUGAUUGAUAGUUGUGCAAAAUUCUGGCUGCGAUUGACUUGGGGUUUCGAUGGAGAAAUAAGUUUCUACUAUCUAUGUGGAGCAAUACUAUUCUUUGCUAUUCUUGGGUUGUCUGGUUGCUUCAUAACAUGUUGUGAUCAAGGAGUACAGGAUGAUUUGGGUCAGCCAUGUCGGAAUAUGUGUCUCUGCUGUUGCCAACCAAGAGUAGGUGUUGACUACCAUGUCCAUGGUACUCCCUGUGUAUGGAUUGACUGCGACAUAUGCUGUGAAAAUUGUGCUGAUACCACCAGGGAAUGCCAGUGCUUAAUAAGGUCCAACGAAGGUGAAGCAAGUCUACCUGUGCUGUUUAUUUUAGGGCUGAUUCUCCUUGGUCUCUUCACUGUCAUUGGCAUAUUUUAUGGUGUUCUUGUGGCGACGAUGGUUGCUCAAAGAAUCUGGCAGCGCAAUUAUCAUAUCCUUGCCAAACGCAUGUUAACAAAAGAAUAUGUCGUGGAGGAUGUCAGUGAUGGUGCUGACUGGUGCCCACCACCUCCUCUUUCAGCUAAGCAUGUUCAACAACUCAAGUCACUUGGUCUCCUCUAAGUGUUAAACUUUAGGGCCGAAAAGGGGAAAAAGGGAAUGACAAAACAGGCUAAUUACCUGUGAGGAUGUACUCUGGUGCAGCAUAUCCUUGGGUGCCCAUGACCCUUGUUGAGACAUGAGUCUCAUCUCCUUCAGGACCAUCCUUAGCCAGACCGAAAUCCGAGAGCAUUGCUUUGUAAUCCUAAGAAAUCAUAGUUACAUCUGUGAACUACUGGAAGACAUCAAUUCAUCACUUCCAACAAGCAAGAUUACUGCUAUCACUGAACUGAAACUAAAUACAGUGAUCAAAACUUUAAAAAUUUGAAAUGCAUUACUGCUUUAUUCCCCAACUCUUCGUUAUCUAAGUUAGUGUAUAUGCUCUUCAUUCACUAGCUCAUUUAUCAGGUGAAUAUUAACAGUGUCGCAUAGUGAAAAUUGCUUAUGUUUUUUUUUUAAUUCUAUUGCCUAGAUACAUUUUGUGUUUUCACAUCUUCAAAAUGCAACUAAUAAGAGUCUUAUCAAGGAUCAUUCUAUCAUCAAAUGAUGGCUGCUUGUAGUGCUAUUAGACCGAUCGAGAGAAAAUAUUGGUGCCUGGUUUUUUGGAAUGCCCAAGUUGGUGUCCAUCACUCUCACAAGAACAGUUAGUCCAAUCUGAAGUCAGACUAUCAUAUUAGGCUGCAAAUUUGGAAGAUG